GCAAACGCCAGUUCCUGCCAGGCACGCCGUCGACCGCCCCCCCGUCGUACUCGCCGGGCUAGCCCUCCUCUGUUACAUUUGUGUACACCGCCCGCAUCGAACUCUGUCCUUGUGCUGGUUAUAAGGACAGCUCUGCCUCUGCGUGAGCGUUCUCCCCUCGUCGGUCCGGUUCGUGACGCGUCGACCCUCCCUCCGCCCUUGUCGUCGCAAAUAUCUCUCUGCGUCCCUCCGGCUUUCGUGGUCGUACGCUGUUUGUCCACAACGACUACGAUGUUAGCGUCCACCUCCAGGAUCGUUGCGGCCGCCGCAGGCGUCUUGGCCCUCGCCGACGCCACGACGGCGCAGUACCAGAUGGUGAAGCAGUACCAGGGCGAGAACUUCUUCGACGACUGGGUGUUCUACAACAAGAUCGACGACCUCACGCACGGAUACGUCAAGUACGUUUCGGCGAAGGACGGACUGAAAGACCGGCUCGCGAUCGUGAACGACGCGGGGAACGCGAUCAUGCGCGUCGACAACAGCACGGAGGUCAAGUUCAACGGUAACCGGAACAGCGUGCGCAUCACGUCCAAGGACCGGUAUACCGUCGGCAGCCUGUGGAUCGUCGACAUGCUACACGCACCCUACGGCUGCUCGGUCUGGCCCGGGUUCUGGUCCACCGCGCCAUCUUGGCCCUCGGGCGGCGAGAUCGACACGUUCGAGGGCGUGAACGGCAUGGUCCAGAACCAGAUGUCGCUCCACACCAACCCGGGCUGCACCCAGGUGAACCCCGUGCAGACGUCGACGCUCAUCAACUCCACCGACUGCGACCACCUCGCGAACGCCAACUCGGGCUGCACCGUCACGGACCCGAGCGUCGCGAGCUACGGCCCCGGGUUCGCGCAGGCCGGGGGAGGGGUGUACGUGACCGAGUACGCGGAGGAGGGGAUCAGCAUCUGGUUCUUCAACCGCUCGUCGAUCCCGGAUGCGAUCAAGUCCAAUGCGUCGACGAUCGACGCGUCGAGUCUCGGCACGCCCGUCGCCAACUGGCCCACGGGCGGAUGCGACAUGAGCACGUUCUUCGCCGCGCAAGAGCUCGUUUUCGACAUCACCCUCUGCGGCGAUUACGCCGGCCAAACGUCCACCUUCGCGCAAACCUGCUCCGGCGAGUGCUACCAAGACUGGGUGCUCGGCCCGCCCUCGAACUACGACACGGCCUACUUCGAGGUGCAGUGGCUCCGCGUGUUCGGCACGACGCGGAACACCGUCGUCCAAGGGAGCGGGGCGGCGCCGGCCACCGCGGGCACGUGGCUCGCUCCGCUCCUCGUCGGCGUCGUUGCGGCGCUCUUGUGGUGAGGAAUACCGCACGUACGGCCUGUGCUUACUUACCCCCCGUCUCGGAGACUCUGGGUGGUAUAGACUCGCGUUCGUCCGUUCGUUCGUUCGUUUCGUCACGCUCUUCCGACCGCUCUCCGCGUCCUGCGCCCCACGUUACAUUCGCUGUCGCUGUCUCGUUCUCUCCCCCCAUUCCUAUAUCACCCGUUCGUUGCAUCGCAAAGAAAAAAAAUAAUCUAUCGCCAGAAUGUAUGUAGCCUAGUAGCUCGGACUUCUUUUGAAAACGCGCUAUGUUUACUGUAACACGCUGUACGGCGAUAUGGACUAAUUUAGCUAGACUUUUCAC